AUGACACAACAAAUCAACCUCAGCGACGAUGGCGCAAGCUAUAUCACCAUGAACACCCUCCCAGAAGACCUCAAAACCUAUGGCGCAAAUGCUUUCGACACCCUUUUCAACCUGCACCCCGAAGAGAGAGGCAGAGUCCAGAUGCAAACCGGUGAAGUCGAGUCACCACGCUGGCACAAGAGCUAUCUCAACACACCAGCCCACGACCCAGCAUUACACUACAGCUACAUGUUUUCAGGACAGGACGACUCUGCCAACCACGACCCACUCCCAGACGCAUUUCUACCUUUUCUAGAAUAUGUCAAUAGAGACAAUGCUGGAUACGAUCAAGUCGUCAUAAACUGGUACAAGGAUGGACAAGACUUUACGGCACAACACAGCGAUUGCGAAGUGGGUAUGGAGGAAGAUGCAGACAUUGUCAUCAUCUCGUUGGGUGAUGAGCGCAUCUUCAAGAUUAGAGCCAAGCAUCUUGAGCAUGAAGAAGCUUUGAAAGUUCCUCUCCCUCAUGCAUCUAUUCUGACUAUGGGCGGUCAUACGCAAAAGUUCUUUCGCCAUGGUGUUCCCAAAUCUAAUUCAAAGGAACCUCGUAUCAGCAUCACGUUUAGGAAAUUCAAGAAGGAAUGA